GGCACCCUGGAUCCUGGAGCUGUAUAAAUCAACAACGCGCACAACCGCGCAUUAUGGCUGACCGUCGACAUUUGAGCCUUCAUCCAUUCCUUGGAAGCCACAGCAGAAUUUCUAGAGAUCAUUCCUUAUCUGACCCAAAAGCUUUCCGCAAGUGAACCGGGAAUGAUAAUCAACGUCUCAAUUUCUUCAGAAUCGUUAAUUCGACUUCCUUCGCUCGUGCUGUGUCACCAAAAAAAAUACAUACGUAGAUAUCCAGCUUGGACCUUGUAUGGCGCCGUUGCUCACCAACGCUCAAUCGUUUCCUUGCUCUGUAAGCAUCAACAACCUAGUGUAUCGUAUCCUGUUUCCUGUGCGCAACCAGCCUUUCAUUACUCCGGAGAUUCUUCCGCAGCUCGACGAUCAAGUCCCCUCUGGACUGGUUGCCUCUUGGCCGCUUCUUUGCCCACCGUCGAGGUCAGUAAAAAGUACGAAGCCGCUGAGCAACGUUGGGUAUCAAUAUGUGACGAUCCCAAUUCCAAAUCUUUCUACACCAGCAAGAUGGUUCACGCUGGGGUCCUCGACUCGGAGUCGUCCCACCAGCGCAUGAAUCAUGCCCCGCUGUCAGUUUUGCCAUCGUCCUUCGCUGACUCGAAAGAGAGCGCGCGAAUUGACGAGGCGAGCGCUUCGAAUAAAACCCCUUCCCCAACGAGUCGGAAACUGUCCCAGAACGGCACUCCCUAAUCCUAAAAGAUCCCAGCACCUCCGUAUAACCCCCACAACGUCCCGAUGUCAAGGUUGGGUCGCCGUAUUGUACUUGACAGAAAACGAUGCCUCGGCCGUAAUUGACCUUGUUCCACAAUUGCUCAGCGACUCGUAUGAGCAUCAAAGGAUUGCUCGACGCGCAUACAUUUCUCAACCAUCGUUGAUGGAUUAGCUGUCGCCUUACAGCUCAGGCAUUACUGCUCGACGCUGAUGAUGUGCCGCCCUACGCAAGACCUGUAGGGCUUCUG